AUGCCUUCUCCAGCGUCUUACAAGCCUGCCGACCCCCCCGACUCGCCUUCCGCCGACUCCGACUCCGAUCUCGAAAUCGAUCUCGAGGAGCUUGACCCAAAGACUACCUCCCAACCCCGGAGAUCCGGCCUGCUAGGCCAGAACCAAGAAACCGCAGAGCAGAGAGCACCGAGAAUAGCUUUGCGCAAUCUUCGUAUGGGUGGUCUGCGACGGGUUGGCAACCGGACACGGGGGUAUGGAGAGCUCGGCCACGGCCGGGAUGGGCUGGACGAUGAUGGACGAGGUCUCCUCGGCGACGCCGAUGGUCCUUCCUCCAGCCACUCUGAUGGUAGACCCAGCGAUGGAGAUGACGCCCCUUUACUGAACGAGGGAGGGCACCGGAGGCGGCGAUCUUUUGCUCAGGACAGGCUGCAGAAUUUGAGGAGUGGCUUGCGACUACCGAGCUUCAUGUCAUCCGCCAGCGCGCGUGACAUUGACGACAGCGACAAUGAGCAGGACAAGGAAGACAACGACCCCUCUUCCUCGAGACUUGUCGCCGUGGGCUCACCCCGGUCAAAACGAUUCCCGCCAAAUCUCGUAUCCAACGCCAAAUACACGGCCUUCUCCUUCCUGCCGGUGACACUCUACAACGAGUUCUCGUUCUUCUUUAAUAUGUACUUUCUCCUCGUCGCACUCUCACAGGCCAUCCCGCAGCUUCGAAUAGGCUAUCUGUCUACUUACAUUGCACCCCUGGCAUUCGUGCUGGUCAUCACCCUUGGCAAGGAAGCAUACGACGACAUCGAGAGAAGGAAACGGGACAAUGAAGCCAAUGCCGAAGCAUAUACCGUGCUUCAGUUUAACGAGCCUGACAAUUCCGCGCAGAGAUAUCGUCCGCAGAAAAAGUUGAAAUCGGCGUCUCUGCACAAGGGUCAAAAACGACAAGCUCCGGAGAGGGACCGACUGUCAGAUAUCCAAGAGGAAGAGGAGCAAGCCGAGGGUGACGGUGUCCGCAGGCAUCCCGCCUCCUCGGUAGUUGAGAUCGCCAAGAAGUCGCGAGACCUCAAGGUCGGCGAUGUGCUGAAGCUGGCCAAAGGCCAAAGAGUCCCUGCCGAUGUCAUCAUCUUGAAGUGCAUCGCCCAAGACACCGCUCAUGCUGCGGCUGCCGCCGUUGAAGAGCCACAACAGCAAAGCGAGCCUCUUCUACUUGACCAUGUUGAAGAAGAAGCGGUUAGUACAUCGCAAGCCGGCAAGGGCAAGGAGACACAAUCUCCUAGCGAUGAUCACGCUGGGCCCAGUGGGGAAGUCUUCAUUAGAACAGAUCAACUGGACGGUGAGACAGACUGGAAGCUGCGUCUUGCUUCGCCGCUCUCACAGAAACUACCAAACGAAGAGCUUGUUCGACUGCGCGUCACUGGAGGCAAGCCGGAUAAAAAGGUGAACGAGUUUGUCGGCACGAUUGAGCUCCUCUCCUCGAGAGAAGAUGCUAUGAACAAUGCCGCAAGCCUCCCGACUCACGAUGACCAGUCCAACACAGCCCCCUUGUCCAUUGACAACACCGCGUGGGCGAACACCAUCAUAGCUUCGCACGCAUCUGCUUUGGCAAUGAUCAUAUACACGGGCCCCCAGACCCGAUCUGCUCUGUCGACUGCACCCUCAAGAUCCAAAACGGGUCUUCUAGAAUACGAGAUCAACUCUCUUACUAAGAUCCUCUGUGCAUUGACCUUGGCACUCUCAGUCAUCUUGGUCGCACUAGAGGGUUUCGGCAACACGGAAGGCAACGUGUGGUACGUCAAGAUCAUGCGUUUUCUCGUGCUAUUCUCGACCAUCGUGCCCAUCAGUCUGCGAGUCAACCUAGAUCUGGGCAAGAGUGUCUACUCGUGGUUCAUACAAAGAGAUCCCGGAAUACCAGGGGCAGUCGUGCGCACUAGCACUAUUCCGGAGGACCUUGGGCGGAUUGAAUACCUGCUGAGCGACAAGACCGGCACCCUUACGCAGAACGAGAUGGAGAUGAAGAAGAUCCACGUCGGCACCGUGUCCUAUGCUAAUGAGGCCAUGGACGAGGUCGUCAGUUAUAUCAAGCAGGGGUUUCACAUCCCACCGUCUACGGACCCAUCGAGCAAUACCGCCUUGGUCACACCGUCUUCAAUUACAACCACGGCCAGUGCCGGGGUGACGAGGCAACGUCGCGAGAUCGGUUCUCGCGUUCGAGAUGUCGUCCUGGCUCUGGCGCUCUGCCAUAAUGUCACACCAACGGUGGAUGAGGAGGAUGGCCAGAUGGUCACCUCGUAUCAGGCAUCCUCCCCUGACGAGAUCGCCAUUGUCAAGUGGACCGAAGCCGUCGGUCUGCGGCUGGCCUAUCGAGAUCGGAAGGGAAUGAUCCUGGAGUCACCAGAGACCGGUAGGCCUGUUGUGCAGGUCAGGAUCCUUGAUGUCUUCCCUUUCACUUCAGAAGGCAAGCGAAUGGGUAUCAUCGUCCAAUUCUGCCAACGAACCACAGAGACCAACCCCCCUCUGAGCAAUGGCGAAAUUUGGUUCUACCAAAAGGGUGCUGACACAGUCAUGGGCGCGAUUGUCGCCUCAAAUGAUUGGCUUGACGAGGAAACGUCAAAUAUGGCACGGGAGGGCUUGAGAACCUUGGUCGUCGGCCGCAAGAAGCUCUCCCCUCAGCAGUACCAGGAAUUCUCCUCCAGCUACCAGGAGGCGUCGCUUGCGAUCGCCGGCCGCGAUGCGGGCAUGCAGCGCGUUGUGUCGCAAUACUUGGAGAACGACCUGGAGCUGCUGGGCGUGACUGGGGUCGAAGAUAAGCUCCAGCGGGACGUCAAGCCCUCCCUGGAACUCCUCCGCAAUGCCGGCAUCAAGAUUUGGAUGUUGACUGGUGACAAGGUGGAGACGGCGCGCUGUGUGGCCGUGAGCUCCAAGCUGGUGGCCCGCGGUCAGUACAUCUACACCGUUGCGAAGCUGAAGAGGAAAGACAAUGCCCAAGACCAUCUUGACUUCCUCCGUACCAAGACCGACUCUUGCCUUCUCAUAGACGGUGAGAGUCUCGCCCUGUUCUUGACGCACUUCCGCACCGAGUUUAUCUCGGUGGCGGUUCAGCUGCCCACGGUCGUUGCCUGCCGAUGCUCGCCCACUCAGAAGGCUGAGGUAGCCAAGCUGAUCAAGGAGUACACGAAGAAGCGCGUCUGCUGUAUUGGGGACGGCGGCAACGAUGUAUCCAUGAUCCAGGCAGCUGAUGUCGGCGUGGGUAUCGUCGGCAAGGAGGGACGACAGGCCUCCCUGGCCGCCGACUUCUCCAUCGAGCAGUUCCACCACCUGACCAAGCUGCUCGUGUGGCACGGCAGGAACAGCUACAAGCGCAGCGCCAAGCUCGCCCAGUUUGUCAUCCACCGUGGCCUCAUUAUCGCCGUGUGCCAGACCAUGUACAGCAUCGCCAUCAAGUUCGAGCCCGAGGGCCUGUACAAGGACUGGCUGCUCGUCGGCUACGCGACGGUCUACACGGCCAUGCCCGUGCUCUCGCUCGUGCUCGACAAGGACGUCGACGAGAACGUGGCGAACCUGUACCCGGAGCUCUACAAGGAGCUCACCCUGGGCCGGUCGCUGUCCUACCGCACUUUCUUCAUCUGGGUCCUGGUCUCCAUCUACCAGGGCGGUAUGAUCCAGGGCCUGUCGCAGAUCUUCACCGAGGUCGACAGCAAGCGCAUGGUGACGGUCAGCUACACGGUCCUCGUGCUGAACGAGCUGCUCAUGGUGGCCAUCGAGAUCACGACCUGGCACCCGGUUAUGAUCAUAUGUAUCGUUGGCACGUUCCUCCUCUUUGCUGGAUCUGUGCCAUUCCUCGGGGGGUAUUUCGACCUUGAGUUCGUUAUUAGUUGGUAA